AUGGGGCUGCAGGUCUGGGUCCUGCUCCUGCUCCUGGUCCUCAGCCCAGGAUUUUCUGAGACCUCAAACUUUUCUUAUUCUGAAAUAAUAGUGCCAAAAAAGCUUGAACCAAGGGAUGGCAUUGACAACAAGGGGGAGGUGUCUUAUCUUAUUAGAGUAGAAGGAAAACACCAUAUUGUUCACCUGUUACAGAAGAAAAUGUUCAUAGCUCCAAAUUUCCCAGUUUUUACUUACAAUCAGAAGGGAGACUUGAUAACAGAUUAUCCAUAUAUACGGGAUGAUUGCUACUACUCUGGAUAUGUGGAGGAUGUGCCAGAAUCUGUUGCAGUUCUCAGCACCUGCUCUGGGCUCUGGGGACAUUUGAAGGUUUAUGAUUUAAACUAUGAAAUUGAACCUGUUAAAUCUUCCUCUACGUUUCAACACAUUAUAUAUCGAAUGAUGGCUGAAGAAGACUCACCUGGUCGGUGUGGAGUAAUUGAUGAAGAUAUCAAAGAUGGAGCAGCUGAAAACAGAGAACAUCAAAUACCUGAGAUUCAAACUGAGAAACAGCUUGUAAUAGGUAAAGAUGGACUAAGCCCUUCGUACACAUCUUCCAGAUACUUAGAAUGUUAUUUUGUAGCAGACAAAGCCAAGUUUCGCCUUGAGGAUUCCAAUGAAACUUUAGUGAUAUUGAAGAUGCUUCAAUAUAUCCAUUUAACAAGUGAAAUGUACCGUCCAUUUGGUCUUCAUAUUAUACUGGUUGGAUUAGAGAUCUGGACAGAAAGGGACCUAAUAACAAUUACUCACCUUUUGGAUCAGGUUAUUGGAUUUUUUUUAAGCUAUGUUGAAAAUUUUCUUCAGCACCGGGUACAUUUUGACCACACGGAAUUAAUUGUUGGUGGAAGAUACCCAGGAUAUGAUGGAUAUUCAUAUGGAGACUAUCUGUGCACUAAUUUUCCCUCAGUAGCUACUGUCAAAGCAAGAUCUAGCUCAGUGCUCUAUGAUGCAAUCAGUGUUGCACAUGAGAUGGGCCAUUCUCUUGGCUUCCCUCAUGAUAAUUCUAAGAGAAAUACAGCUAGAGGCUGUGUUUGCAAAUGCCCUGGAGGAGGAAAAUGCAUCAUGUGGUCAUUUGCCUCGAGGAUACAGUGUACAGAGUUCAGUAACUGCUCUAGAGCAAACUAUUAUGACAUGAUAAGAAAACCAGAAAAAACUUGUCUACUUGACAUACCAGAAAAGAAAGCAUUUGGAGUACAGAUGUGUGGUAAUGGUGUGACAGACGAUGAGGAGGAAUGUGACUGUGGCAUGGAUGAGGUGUGCCUACGGAAUGGUUGUUGCCUAGCCAAUUGUACGGUAAAGCCAGGUGCUGCCUGUAUUUCUGGACUCUGCUGUGAAAACUGUCAGUUUCAUAGAGAAGGGAAAAUAUGCAGAGAAAGAAUUGGUGAGUGUGACCUACCUGAGUACUGCAAUGGGACUUCAGAAUGGUGCCCAAAGGAUGUGUUUAAGCAAGAUGGAACUCCGUGUGGUGACAAUGUCCAUUGUUUCCAAAGGAGAUGCCCCAGCCAUGAGAGACAGUGCAAAGCUAUAUUUGGCAAAGAAGCACAUCUGGCCCCACUGAGUUGUUUCAAAACAGUGAACACUAAAGGUGACCGGUGUGGCAACUGUGGUGGGGAUGGUCUUGCUUACAAGAAGUGCCAACACAAAGAUGUCUUGUGUGGAAGACUACAGUGUGUUAAUGUUAAAAAAAUACCUCAAAGCAAUUAUCGUGGGUCCAUAGUUCAGACUCCAGUUGGCAAUGUUUUAUGUUGGGGUACAGAAUUUAGUGUUGGGAUGGAGGUAGUAGACAUUGGAUCGGUGAGAGAUGGCACAACAUGUGGUGAUAACAAGAUAUGUAUAAACAGGACAUGUGUCAAUAUAACAGUUCUGAAUUAUGACUGUCAUGACAAAAAAUGCAGUGGUAGAGGGGUGUGCAAUAGCAACCGAAACUGCCAUUGUGAUUUUGGGUGGGCCCCUCCAGACUGUAAAUACAAAGGAUUUGGAGGAAGUGUUGACAGUGGGCCCCCUCCGACUCCAAAUGAUUCUGAGGUGUCUGCUUUCCCAGAGUUUGACUAA